AUGGACAAUUACGUUGACGACUUGUUUGGCGAAGACGGCAUCAACGCCGCUAUCGCUGCCACUUUUGAUACUGAUGCACUUUCUCAACGAAUUGAGCGCUCUCACAUCGUAGGCUGUUGCCAGACCAGUUGUGUUGCUCAAAUAUCUGCAGAUUCUCGCAAAGUCUUCGUGCGCGCUCUCUGUCGCGAUAAGAGUACCGCCAAAUGGUCUUUGUCUGACGAGACCGAAGUCAAUGCUUCAGAAGGUGCCAUCUUCACCCAUGUUGAGUGGAGCAGUUCUGGUCUGGAUCUGGUUAUCGCGGAUCAGUUUGGUCGCUUUACACUAUUCAGUUUGACCCAUGCCUUGAACAGUCUCGAACGCCGCCCUGUGAAUUUGACCAGUACCGUCGACGACUUAAACCAAGUGGUCGGCCUUCACUGGCUUCCUCUAAAUCUUGCGGGCCAGACGCGUGGUAACCGAUGGAGCAACACGAUGAGACUUCACGAUAUCCAUGGUGUUUCAAAUCCAAUCGACAACAAGGCAGCCUUCCUCANNGAACAUCUUGUCAUGGUCACAUACGAUGCUUCCAAAAGAUUGCGUCUGUAUAAGAUCAUGAUCAACUGGAAUGCUAAUGCUGGUGACGGAAACACCCACAAAGCCACCCUUAAUCCUCAGAUGGCCAUUCUGCAUGUCGAGCUUCUCGAUCGAUGUGUUCCUCAAUCCUCGGAACGAGCAGCGAGUGCCCAACUAUCAUCGUUGCAUAUAGAACCAAUCUCACAAGCCAUUGAAAACAGCACAUUUACUGUUGUGGCUGUAUUUACCAGCGCUGCGCAGGAUCACGGCGGCAAGUUCAGCAUUAUAUCUCGAUGGGACCUUCAACAGACCGACGCUACGUUACACGACAGUUUCAAGGGCUUGAAACCGACAGCUUCUCAGCCCACUGCCAAUAAGCCUGUGCAAAGAUUGUACCGAAUGGAAGACGUGUUCUCACAAAAGGCUAUACUGGCUCUUCGGAGCAACGUAUAUCACAACACAUUUGGCUUUGCGACGAGUGAUGGUAUGGUCGAAUUUCGUUCUCGAGAAACCAUGCAGAUCAUCGUGCCAGAUGGAGACACCAACAAAGCUACAAGUCUACCUCAAAACGGAUUUUCUUUCCUGGCCUCAGAUUGUAUCGACAUCUCUCUCUCCCCUAGUAUGGCAACUUCAGUCAUCACCAAACCAGAUGGCACUAUCAAGUUACACAACGCUGAGUAUUUGCAUGGUUGGAAGGAUGCCAAAGACGACAACGGUAUGAUCUCAUAUCAAUCAUUCAUCGACCUUGAAGCUGACUGCCGCANNGAUCUCGCACAAGCCGCUGUUGUGUCUCUGGCUCGAGAACUUGGCAUCGUGACCUGCUACCAGAUCGGCUUUGACGACCUACUAUCUGUGAUUCCGACGGAUCUAGACAGAAGUCUUCGACGCAAAUUCAUCAGCGAAAUCUUCCGCACGAUAAAUCGAAACCUUGACUUUUCCCUCGAUGACCCUAAACUGCAGUCUGGCAGGGUCUUGAAAGACAGUCUCUUGUACAGAAUUGCCAGUGCACAGCUGAUCAUCAGCUAUCAGACUGAUCCCAAACGACGAGACAUCCCUGCAAAGGCAGCAUGGGUGUUGCUAAACCUUCGCUCAGUAUGCACUAAUAUUGCACAAACACUGAGCAUGACUUUGCAAAUUAGGNGAAUGAACAACUUGGAGUCCAGCUUGUUCGUUUCGCUCAAAGGAUUGGUCAAAUGGUCGUUGGACCUGAUGACGCUUAUUUUCGACGACAUGAUUGAGAUGAUGCGAUUUUGCAAGGGCAACUUCGACCGAGAANAAAUCCUGGCUUAUGUGCUAGAAAGGAAUACUGCAACUCUGCAUCUUCUGCUUAGCAGUACAUCACGCGCAUUGUUGGGCAUGCUGGCCAACUUGAUCCGUAACUUUGCCAUGCGUGUUGUCAAGACUCAAGAGAAAGUGAGUCAAAGCAGCAGAACCAAUGACAUCCGCGAUAGCAUUGAACUGCAAUACAUGGAAGCAAUGAUGGGCUCAGAGUUGCCUUUUGAGAUCAGACUAUUCGAGCAGCUCGUUGCAGAGAUCGACGGCAAUGUCCGUGCAACCUACCAAGCUGCGCAAUCACCACCUCCUCAAAGAAGUUUCUACGAGCAGGGCAUGCUCGUCGAUGCUGACAUUCCGGAAGCGCUGAGCCCAGUGCUGCAAAGACUGUUCGGCGAGAUCAUUCCGCGUCUGGAAAACCAAAUCGAUGGUGUUGCAAUCUACACUGCAGAUACGGCUUGGUUGGGUCUGGGCGAAGAUGAAGAAGCGAACAAGCGAGCCGGCAAGCAACAGUAUGAUGUGCUGCGCAAGUGUGUCAUACCACCGAAUGCAAAAGUCAGGCAGUGUAGGAGAUGUGGCAGCGUCAUCGAGAACCUGGUAGACGGUCACAUGGCUGCUUGGGUGCAGAAUGCGCACAAGAUGUGUAUCUGUCUCUCACACUGGGUUGUUGCUUGA